UGCUCCGAAUCUAUUCCGACUCUGGGUCCGGUUCCACUCCAUGGUGACUCCGGGAUUCUAGAAGGUUUCAUUCGAUUUUGGAUUUUUCAACACCGCAGAUAGGCACGGAGUUAAAGACAAAGCGAUGACAAAUGCGAUCCAUGUACCGAGGCAGAGAAUAAGCAAUCUGAAUAACUAUACCUACUCCGUCUGAGAAAUGGGGCUCCUCAGUGGGGCUACAUUGUGUAUAUAAAGCUCAUAAGUACGAACUAUGAGGUAUCUAGUUCUUGCAUGAAUCAUACAGUCAACUACUAAACCACCAACACCAUGGCUUCCACCGAAGUGAACGUGACAGUCGUUGCUUAUCCCCAGCCCAACAAGGUCGACGAGGUCGCCACCCUGUGGAGUGAGCUUUCCCGUCAGGUACAGGCUAACGAGCCCGAUACUCUAUUCUACUAUGCCUAUAUCAACCAAGAUCGGACCGCCGUUGUGGUUGUCGAGAGAUACCGCAACCAGGAAGCCCUUGUGAAGCACAGUCAGACACCUUACUAUCAAGCAUUCAUGGCCAAGGCGGGGGGGUUGAUGGCCAAGCCUCUUGAGAUCCAGCUAGGUGGCGGUCAAUUGCCUGAGUCAACCAAGAUCUCCCGACUGUAGAUAUGGGGGACGGAUGACUGUGUAUAAAGAAUCAUGUACUAUACAGUACAUGAAGUCAGAUUGAGUAAUUCUGAGCCAAAUGAUAAUAUGACCUCACUUCGGACUUUGCUUUGAUAGUGCCGCAUGGGUGGGUGCAGGCAG